AUGUUCGCAAAGGCUUUCACUUUUGCCAGCCUGGCUUCUCUUGUCAGUGCUCAUAUGCUCAUGAACAACCCCAAGCCAUACGGAAACCCAGACAACAGCCCUCUCUUGGCAGACGGAUCAAACUUCCCCUGCAAGGGAAAGGUCAAUGAUGGCUCCGGUGACAACGUCUACAAGCAAGGCAGCACCCAACAACUCUCAUUCACUGGCCAAGCUGUCCAUGGCGGAGGCUCUUGCCAGGUUUCUCUCACCACUGACAAGAACCCUACCAAGGACUCUGUUUGGAAAGUCAUCAAGUCUUAUGAAGGAGGCUGUCCUUCAAGAACUGCAACAGGAAAUCUGGGCGACAAUGCUGACGCCCAGAACCCUGACAAGUACGACUUCACAAUCCCCAAAGAGUUGGCAGCUGGCGAGUACACGCUUGCCUGGACCUGGUUUAACCAUGUUGGCAACCGCGAGAUGUACAUGAACUGUGCUGCCAUCACUGUUGAAGGCUCAGGUGGCUCUAAAGGCCUUCUGGACUCUCUCCCCGACAUGUUCGUCGCCAAUGUUGGCAAUGACUGUGAAACUCUUCCCAACACUGACCUUAAAUUCCCCAACCCUGGCAAGGACGUCAGCCAGCUCAAGUCUAAGCUUGAUGGUCCUAAGGGCGAUGGAUGCCAGAAGGCUGGAUCUGGUGGCGGCUCGGGAUCUGGUGAUGGCUCUGGUGGAGGCGAUUCUCAGCCUUCUACUCCUGUGGCUGCUCCUACUACCAACAACGGUGCCCAGCCCACUCAACCCGUCGCUACACCCGCUCCUAGUGCUGGCAAUGGCUCAGGCGCCGGAUCUGGUUCCGGGGAUGGAUCAAAUGGCACUCCUGAGAUUCCUGGCGGUGCUUUCAUCACUGUUACCCAGCCUUCUGCCACUCAACCUACUGCUACACAGGCUCCUGCUGCUUCCGAAACUCCCAAGGAUGGUUCAGGCUCUGACGAGGGCAACCAGGGCGGCGACUCUGGUUCUGAAAGCGGUGGGUUCGCGGCUGGAACUGCCUGCACAAACGAAGGCGAGUGGAAUUGUAUUGGUGGCUCAACUUUCCAGCGCUGUGCCAGCGGUGCUUGGACUACCGUUCAACAGCUCUCUUCUGGCGUUACCUGUACUCCUGGCCAAGGUGCUGAUAUUGCCAUGACCGCCAAGAAAGGCAAGAGGAGUAUGCGCCGAGCUCAGCGUCACAAUGCCUAG